AUGGACGCUUUGUCCCCUCCUCCAUACCGGCAGCUAUCCAGGCAAGGGCAGGCAUCCCAUUCUGGCUCUGAGCUUCCGCGUUAUACCCGGCGCAAUACGCUUGUGCAUCCUGUCGCUCCCCGAGAUCCUACUCAACAUGUUUUUUCUCUCUCAGAUGGCCGGGCAAGGCCAUGGCUCGUUCUCAGAGUAGCAAGUAGCGCGAAAUCCACGAAAACUCUUCCCAUCUUUUACGAGAAGGAGAAUAUCAAUGCUACGCUCGAACUUCAUGCAGAAAAGGGCGAUUCAUCCAUACAGUCUGUGAUGGCGAUGGUUCGAGGAAGAGUCAUAACAGGACCACGGUCAGAUGAGACUGUCACGUUCCUGACCAUCUAUCACCCCAUCUGGGCGCGAUCGGUUGAUACUCCGAGGACACCUUCUCCCUCCGAGGGUGCUAGCGGGUCUAAGCUCUUUGGAGAUUGUGUGUGGUCUUUUUCAAUCCCCUUACCAAAGACCGUCGCUGUUGGGAAGUCGGACGUUCAAUUUCGUCUUCCUGAGACGUUUUCCGAACGUGAUUUAGCAGCCAGUGUACAAUACGAUCUAACGAUACACAUAUCUCGUGCAAAACUUCGAGCAGAUAGUCAAAUCCGCACUCCUUUCGGUUACGUCCCAAGCUCGAAGCCCGAACCUCCAAGUGUACUCCGGCAGCUCGCCUACCAACAAAGCAUGCCAGUACCUGGUCCUUCGGCGGACCCUCGGGGAUGGGAAACGCUCAAGACAUGUAAAGCCAAAGGUACAACCUUGCAGAACUGCCCCGCAGAUGUUCGAUGUAGUUUAUCGCUAGCAAAGCCAUUAUGCUAUACCCGGGGUUCCGUUAUUCCAUGUUCUCUUACAUUGUCCAGCAGUGAUCCACAAGCUUUAGACAUGAUAACAGCUUCAGACUGUGUCAACGUUGGCCUUCGAAGGACAGUGGGAUACACAUCUGCACCCGGAAUCGAAAAGAAACGAGUUGCUUAUCAAGAAUCCUCUCGAGAGUUCGGGAAAGCAGUUUGGUGGCCUUCAGCCUCGGUUCAGGGCGACCGCCACAACCGUCAUCUCGAGGGUGAAAUUAGAUUAGCAAAAGAUCUCAGGCCGACAUCUCUCAUGGACCAUUUUAGUAUUUCAUAUUCUGUUGUGUUGCGAUCAUUCAACAUCUCCGCACUCAAAUCCGCUCACUCGGAGAUUUUACUGUCUGAACCGGUCAAUAUUGUCGCCGCGUAUGCCAAGGGCCCUCGGCCUAUUGCGUAUGCACCUCCAGCUUACGAUCCUUAUUCACGCGAAAACGACCAAGACUACUGA